AUGGGAAACAGUCCGUCAGUCUUACCGACUGCGGAUCCAGCAGUGUUGAACGACGACUAUGAGUGGCCUGAGAACCUGUAUCUCGAACUGAGGGAUAUGGCGAACAUUUCCUUCCUCGUGUACACAUUUGCCUAUCUGACGGAUGUCGCUCGUGAAUUCGGUCUAGAGGGGAUGGUCAUCAAUGAUGAAGGUCGUAUUGGAAUGCCGACUCGUGAUCUCCCUCGAAGUUUCAGCCCAGCUGAGAUCAUCGAGAUCAUCGAAAACAACUUGGACACACUAAAGUCUCGGUAUCAAACAUAUUUUGAAGGGUACCGCUAUGAAUUGCUCAUCGAGAAAUUGAAAGUUCUGCAAGAAAGAGAAGAACUGUCUGGUCUUGAAAGACCGUUGACGCUGGAAGAGUAUGACGACAGGCACCAAAAACAUGACUUGGUCUAUGGGGUUACAAAGGACGAUAUCAAUAAAAGACUGACACUCGUCUUUCGAGGGACGGAAAACGAGCUAGCAUUUCGAUCGAACUGGUUGUCAAAUGCGGCCUUCGUGAAGAAGGAGUAUGAUCUGCCGCCCGUCCUUCAAGCGAACGACGUCGUCGAUUCGAUGCGGUUGCAUAGUGGGUUUGGAAAAUACAUUUUUGAUUAUACCUUUGAUGAAGAUGAUCCAGUGACAUGGAGAAAAUAUGAUGAAAUUUUGGAGGACGUCAAGCUUCUCCUGCAAGAAUAUCCCGACUACAAAAUCUACGUUACAGGCCACAGUCUCGGGGGUGCGCUGUCAACUAUUGUUGGGUUAUAUCUUGCAUGUGACCCAGAAAUUCCAAAACCUGUUUCCGUCAUCAAUUUUGCAGCGCCAAGGGUUGGUGGUCGACACUUUCUUCAUGCAGCGAGAUGGCUAGAGCGAAAGAAGUGGUUGCGGGUAUUGCGAGUUGUCAAUGACGGUGACACCAUUGCUGCAAUGCCAAUGACAAAUUAUCACCACAUCGGAAUUCAGCUUCGUUUGUUUUCAGAUAUUGGUAAAGAGCCCCGAUUUUCCUAUCCGAGCCCAGAGGAAACGUACAGGAAGUAUAUGGGAAGAUUGUGGCAAAAUUCAUUGGGAAAGAGCUUCAACUUAAGUUACGAUCACGGGGACUAUCGGGAACGCGUCGACAAGGAUAAACUAUUUCUCCUCAAAUAUGAUUUGAACAAACUUUACGAUGACAACGAGUUGACUGGACUCAACACUCAAGAUAGUACGCAGGUCAUCCAUCAACGAGUCUAA